CUUGGCGCACCUGAGGCGCAGCAGGUGCAAGGCCCUGGCCAGGCCGUGGCCUUGACCUGCCACCAUGGACACAGCCCUGGCGUCCCCAGAGCCCUUCCUGGCCACCCCGCAGGCUGAGAUGCUGGAGGAGCUGCUGCAGGCCCAGCUGGGGCCCCUGCCCCGGCUCGCCGCCAUCUGUAGGCUCAAGCGGCUGCCCUCGGGCGGCUACUCCUCCACGGACGACCUGCAUCUGGUGCUGGAGCGCAGGCGCGUGGCCAACGCCAAGGAGCGCGAGCGGAUAAAAAAUCUCAACCGUGGCUUUGCCAAGCUGAAGGCGCUGGUGCCAUUUCUGCCGCAGAGCAGGAAGCCCAGCAAAGUUGACAUCCUGAAAGGUGCAUCGGAAUACAUACGGGUGCUCGGCUGUGUUCUGGAAGGAGCAAAGGCCUCAGAGAAACAAGGCUCCGAGGAACAGACCCACAGUAGCAGACCCUCUGACCCUCACGUGUCCUCGGCUAGAGGGCUCUUGGGAAACACUACCCAGCCUACCAGCUGUGCAAGUGACUUGAAGAAAGAAGAAGAGGGGCCUUGGGCAUACGGUGGCCACAGUGAGCCAUUGUACACCUGUCAUCAGAGCACGGCCCCUGUGACGAGGAGUUACUUCAUUCAUCAAGAGUCUGAUGAAAGAUUUCUCCUAAAAUAGUCAUGUAUAAUUUGAAGAGCUCCAAAAGAUUUACUGAGAUGGUUAUUUUCCAUGUAAAACAUGAUUAAAAUGAGAUGAUUUGGGAAAGGA